AUGAUAAUGCAGCCAGCCAUAGCCUUUGAAGGGAAACUUAACUCGAUUGUUGUUGAAUACUUUGAGUUUGGAGGUUAUGUUUCUACAUUACAAGCUUUUAAAAGUGAAUGUGAACAAAAUUCAAGGCCUAUUUCCUCAGCCCCUGUCAACGCGAUAUUGGAUGAGAAGUCUAAAGCUAGUAAGAAAAUUCUUAUGGAAACCUUCACCUUGGGUAAACGAAAAGCUUUUCUCAAAGAAUGGAAGGCAUACAUUCCACAGGAUAUACGGGACUCAGACAUGGUUGCCAAGAAACUAGAAUUCUCUCUCUGGAUCCAUUUUACUGUCUACCCUAUUCGCCAUGACCUCCCUCCAAGAGAGGCUGAACAAGCUAUGUCAGCAUUCAAGAAUUUUCUUGAAACUCAGGGAGCAGAUUUGAGCCAAACAACAGAAUUUCUUCCAUUUUAUGCUUUACCAUUUGUACAAGAUCCUAAAUCUCAUCCUUCUUACAAAGAACUGUUUAAGCCUUCCUGGGUGGAAGAUUUACAAGCCAGAUUGGAACAGUUCAUGGUCAUUACUAAAAAAGUCGAACAACCACAAUUAUUUCAUCUUUAUAGAGGACCGCCCAAGCAAAUUGAAGAAUUAUGUGAACAAGUUCAAGAACUAAAACAUCGUGCUGAACUAACUAACAGUGAGCUGUUAAAAUGUCUGAAGAAAUGUGCCAAACUACAGAGUGAUUAUCAUGACUUAAUUGGGAUAUCAGCAGAUCUUGUUGAUGCCUUGGAGGAGACAGCACUGGGCAAUAUGAUAAGUCCUGAAAUGCUGCAUCAAAUUUGUGCCCGUCUCUUCACUCAUGCUAAACAACCUGCAGCUGAUUUAAGUCGACCUGGGACAGCAGGCAAAGCUCUUCGAACUUCUAUCAUUAACUAUGAAUCUUCACAAAAGAAAGCUGACACGCCUUUAGAUUAUUCCAAAGUGAAACGUGACCUAAUGAAUACUGGGAGUAACCAAAAAGCCCUUUUACUGCAGGCCUUACGAUGGCGGUUAACUCAAACCUCCCCACAACAGAGGACAUUGAAUAUUACUGCAUAUGUUCAUAAUGAUUUAUUAGGCUGUUCCUCAACCAGUUCAUUUAAGGAAAUAAUACCAGAGAUUUUAAAUUGUGAUGAAGAAGACCUAAAGGGAUCAAUGGCUCGUCUUUUAAAUACAGUUGCCUCCAUUAGUGUUGGUCGGUCAUAUUUAUCAGGUAAUCCAGCAUUGAUGAAUGUUCUUAUUAAAUGCAUGAAAGCUGAAGACUGUGAUACAUUAACAAGAGGAAUGAUCCUUGGAACACUUCAGAAACUCAGUCUUAGACGCAACUUGCAAAGCUUGAUGAUUAAAGAAAAUGUUGUGGAAUGGUUACUAAAUCUCUUAGAAGAAUAUGACUCACAGUCAGAUUAUGUUCUUGAAUAUGCCGUUGCUCUCCUCAUGAACCUAUGUUUCCGAACUGAAGGUAAGAAGCGUUGUGCAAAAGAGCCAUCCACACCUUUAAAGGUUCUGACUGAUUUGUUAGGUCUUGGUCAGGAUUAUCAAGAGAUUCAUCCCUAUGUGAAUGGAGUCCUGUACAGUAUACUUGCUCUUCCUUCUGUCAGAGAAGCAGCAAAGGCCAUGGGAUUUGAAGACAUUGUGGAAGGUUUCAUCAAAGAAGGUCAUUCUGCAAGAGAGCUUGAAUAUAUCAUCAAACAACUUAAUUCAGAUGAAAAAUUUACUGACCGAGAAUCAGAUGAUGAAGAAUCGGAUGAUGAAGAUGAUGAGGAAGAUUUGGAAAUGGAACCAGAUCUAGACAAAGAUGAUAUGGUUAAACCAAACAGUCCUAUUGGUCUUUAUGGAGAAAAAUUGCUUACAUCUGAUUAUCUUCUAAAGAAAAAGCAUGCAGACCAUGUCUUAGAACGGCACCAUCCACUGCAACGCCCAAUUACUCCAAGUCAAGUAAAAGGCUUUGAUGGACUUUCAUUUGCAUCAAGCAAUCAAAAUGCUGUAGAAAGCCAGCUGCCAAUUGUUGCACCCUUGGAUACAGUAUCAAGGCCACCCACACGAAGUGGAAGCAAAAUAAGUUCAGGUGAUGCUUCUGCUAGCACAAAAGCACCUGAGACUGAUUUUGCAGCAACUCCACCAGGCUCAGGAAAGUCAACAACAAAGAAAGUCAUACCUCAAGAAUCAGAAUCUAGUUCUGAAGGAGACACAUAUUCUGUUGGUUUUCGCUCAAGACCUCGCAUUUUACGAACGCCAGUUCUUCAUGAAAAUUCUAACAGGUCCCCACCUACUCCUAAGUUCUCAGAAUCAGGCCCUCGACCAAGUUCAGCAGGAAAAUCCUUGGGUCCUCAAAAACAUUCAGCUGAUUCAGAAAACUGA